GUAUAUUUUUGUGUUCAUUCUGUGCAUGAGAUUUACCAAACUAUUGUUUCAAUCAAACCAGAUAUGAGAGUGUUUUUGGUCUUGAAUCUGUUCUUUUUCAUUUCCUGUAUAAAAUCUGAGGACCCAGAAAGGUCAGCAGGAACAUCGAGCGAACCUUGGUCUGAUGAAAUCCGGGCAUUGCGAAUGGAGUUAAUGGAAAUGCGAAAAGAAAUGUCAGACCAGAAAGAGAAAAUCAAGCAACUCGAAGAUGCUUUAAAGAAAAAACCAGAAAAAUGCGAAUGCCCUCAAACAGAUAUAACUGAAGCUGAGUCAAAAGAAACUUUCCAAACGCAGAGGACAGACGGCGGUUUCAUCAGAGACCUUCCGAAAGACGACAAACCUGUGAUAAAACGAUUACUGAUUCAUCCAACACCAAGUCCUUCAUCGCCACCUAAUAUUUCACGCAGAAUAGCAUUCCAUGCAAACUCGCCAUCGGAUUUCAAAAACCUAGCCCUUCAUCAACCUUUGAUAUUCGGGCGCGUCAUUUUAAACCAAGGAAACCAAUACCAUCACUCUACAGGAGUCUUCACCCCCAACGUCUCUGGAGUGUACGUAUUUUACGUGCAAUUAGUGGUAAGCUUAGAUGGGUAUGUCCACACGGAACUCGUCGUAGAAGGGGUUAGUAAAGGUGGACACUUCGUACAAAGCCACACUCCAGGAGGGUAUUAUAAUGGAGGCGGAAUGACUAUUGUCCAUGUCAAUGCCGGAGACUCCGUCUGGGUUCGACUCGGAACUCCGCAUGGAGCGAACAGCUUUGGUUGGGAAAGCAGCUUCUCAGGAUUUCUAUUGUAUGAAGAUCAAUAAAAUGCAAAGAAUAUUGCUAAGUAUAUUUGUUUUU